AUGCAUGAAAUGAUUAAAGCCGAGCCGUUUUCGGAAGAAAUUCUGGAGAAGGCUGCAGAGUUAAGAAAAAUCUUCGAUAUUCCUGCAGCUCUUGACUCUCCAUUCUUCAUUGCAAGAUUUCUGAGCGCCAAUAAUGGCAAUGUGGAUGUCGCCAAAGAAAGAUUAUUGGAGUACUUGAUUCAUCGUAGUUGCUUACGCUACGGGGAAUACGAUCAGUUGGGUAUAUUCAAUGAGAUUCCUAUCGGGAAAGAAACUUUCGAGCGUUUCAACAUCUCUUUGGUCGAACAGAAUCUUGUUUCUAAUAAUGUUCACGUGUUCGUUCAAAAGUUGGAGGGAACAGACCUCAAUCAGAUUAUAAAAGUUUUACCUCUGUCACAUGUUAUUCACUCUUACUUCCUCCUUCAAGAUGUCUUCGGACGAGUUGUCGCAAACACUGAAAAAAAAACUGGAAAACCAUCAUCUGUUGUAUGUAUUUUGGAUUUGCAGGGCUUGAACAUUUCCGAGUUCAUCAACCCGCUAUCACCGCAAGUAAAACUUGCUAAAACUGUCGUGAAAGUUUGGGCAGAUUAUUUUAGUGAAAACAUGUGUAAAAUUCUUAUUAUUAAUCCACCUGGAAUAGUGUCCCUCAUGUGGAAAAUCACAAAGUUCAUUAUGGAUCCCCGUACUCUCUCCAGAAUCUCCUUCUUGAACUCACCAGAAGAUUUAAAGCUUUAUCUUGAACCACAGGUUAUCCCACAACAAUACGGGGGAACAUGGGUUGAUAAUAGCGGUUACUCAAAACCAGCUGAAGGAUGUUGCCGAGAACCUCUUGCCGUUCUUCCCGCACAUUUGAAACAAUCCGAUUACAUUUGGAGAGAUAAUGGAUAUGUACAGCCACCUGCCAGUAAAUCUUUGAACGUGAAAGGCAGGGAAACCCUUGAAAUAAUAAAGAAGAGCGCAUCUCCAGGAAAACUGUUGUGGAGUUUCACUUCUAGUGGCGACAUCAAUUUUGAAAUUCUUAAAAGAGAAAGUGGAAAAGAAAAGCACGUGUGGCCCAAAAUCACCAUAGCGUCAUUGAAGUUACCUGAAUCAGGAUCAGUAGAUGUAGACGAGGGAGAAUAUAUUAUUCGUUUCACCAACCCAGGAUCAACCUGGUUCCCAGUGAAAAUCCACUGUUCUUCCGAUAUCAAGCCAGAAUAA